AGAACGCUUUCUGGUUUAUAGCGCUAUAUUCACGAAUGCAUUACGUAAAGCUCUAAGGGCGUCAUUGUACGGUUGUUAUACUGUUUCCACGUCGUCAAUAGCCACAUUAUCAAGGAUGUCUGGCAGAGGAAAGACCGGAGGCAAAGCCCGAGCAAAGGCCAAGUCCCGCUCCUCUCGAGCCGGACUCCAGUUCCCGGUGGGUCGAGUCCACAGGCUGCUGCGCAAAGGAAACUACGCGGAGCGGGUCGGCGCCGGGGCUCCAGUGUACCUUGCGGCCGUGCUGGAGUAUCUGACUGCUGAGAUCCUGGAGCUCGCAGGGAAUGCGGCCAGGGACAACAAGAAGACCAGAAUCAUUCCCCGGCACCUCCAGCUGGCAGUACGAAACGACGAGGAGCUCAACAAGCUGCUGGGGGGAGUGACCAUCGCCCAAGGAGGAGUGCUGCCCAACAUUCAGGCUGUCCUCCUUCCCAAGAAGACGGAGAAACCGACCAAGAGCAAGUAAAAAACAGACAAAACAAACUGCCUAGAGGUCUGGAUUCAGCCGGGACAAAAGGUUCCCCGUGGGGCCUGCCACUUUUUUUUUUUAAAUAUUUUUUUUUUUUAUAAACAACCUUUCAAACGGGGAUGGUGUUGCUGUUUCUGCGUUAUAACUUACAGUAUCGGGACAUUUUUAUUGACUGUUGCGUUUUUUGGCUCUGGAAAAUGGAGGCACUCUGCGGGCUGGGUGGUGAUGACGGCCGUAGGGGGAAAAAAAUCCAUUCUUAAAGUGGACCAAGUAUGGGCCGGAACAUGGUUUAGUUUCGCAAUGCUGCUACGUGCAAAUGUGUUUUAUUGUUUAUGUCAUGGUGUUUCAAUAAAGAAAUCUGUUAAGUCUUUA